AGGUACUACGUGCAUGGCGUGUGCCGCCAGGGCAGCCGCUGCCUGUUCUCCCACGACCUGUCCGCGAGCCGCGCAGCCGCCGUCUGCCGCUUCUACCAGAAGGGACAGUGCGCCUACGGCGCGCGCUGCAGAUAUGAUCAUACCAGGCUUCCUGCUCCUAGUGGUACAGUGGGCAUUGCACCACCCAGCCUCUCUUUACCAGUGCUCCACAGCCCAAACCCUCCAUCAGAGCAUAGCACACCUGUAAUCAAGAGCAAAACAUGUGAACCUGGCAAGCGUGAAAAGAAAACACUAGUGCUGAGGGACAGAAAUUUACGUAGUUUGAAUGAAGAAAAGACGAGACUCAGUGCAGCAAGUGACCUGGCUUGUUGCAGUGACAGAACUGAUGAUCUGGAAAUGAAGCCCCAUUCAUAUCUACAAGCUAUUUGCACUGGGCUGGAAGAUCCAAUGCCUGGAAGUUCCUCUGCUGAUGGACAGCAGCUGUGUCCCUAUGCAGCUGCUGGGGCGUGCCAGUUCGGUGACCAGUGCCCUUACCUCCAUGGAGAGGUGUGUGAGAUCUGUGGAUUGCAAGUGCUUCAUCCCUUCGACCAAGAGCAAAGGAAGGCUCAUGAGACGAUGUGCAUGGCUGCUUUUGAACACGAGAUGGAGAAGGCUUUUGCCUUCCAGGCAAGUCAGGAUAAGGUAUGCAGCAUUUGCAUGGAGGUGAUAUAUGAGAAACCAUCAGCCUCUGAACGGAGGUUUGGAAUCCUUUCCAACUGCAGUCAUACGUACUGUCUAUCCUGCAUUCGACAGUGGAGGUGUGCCAAACAGUUUGAGAAUCCAAUCAUAAAAUCCUGCCCAGAGUGCCGAGUUAUAUCGGAGUUUGUAAUUCCCAGUGUAUACUGGGUAGAAGACCAGAAUAAGAAAAAUGAGCUGAUUGAAGCAUUUAAGCAAGGAAUGGGGAAAAAAGCCUGCAAAUACUUUGAACAAGGGAAAGGAACCUGCCCAUUUGGAGGGAAAUGCCUUUAUCUUCAUGCCUACCCAGAUGGGACGAGAGCUGAACCUGAAAAACCACGGAAACAGCUCAGCUCUGAGGGCACUGUGCGGUUCUUCAACUCUGUUCGGCUCUGGGAUUUCAUUGAAGAUAGAGAAAGUCGGACUAUGCCCAGUGCUGCUGAUGAUGUGGCAGAGCUUGGGGAGCUUUUCAUGCACCUCUCAGGGGCAGAUGAAGAGUCUGCUACUUCUCAAUGAGAAGACCUGAAGAUGUUUUUUCUGUAUCCAUCUAGCUAUUUAUUUAGCAGUUUUACUUUUUACUGUAAACAGAAUGUGUGGCUUGCUGAGGUUCUAGCACGGUUUUAGUAUAAGUCUUUGUACUACAACAAAAAUACUUAAGGCUAAUAAAGGAAAUUAAGUGACAUGCAUGGAAAAAAACUUAGUGAUCCAUAAGUCCUGUAGGGGGAGGAGGUAACUUUGUAAGCACAUCUUGCUUUUCUUUUCCAUUUCAGAAGCCUGCCUACAACUAGCCAAAUCAUGGAUUUAGGGCAGUCUUAUCCAGCCCUCUAGGCUUCCUAAGGACCUGGAAAUUUGGUGGUGAGGGAAGCUUUGGCAGCUUUAACUGCCUCUCCCUGAUGCCAAACCUCUGGAUCUGCAGGGAGCCCUGCAUGCCACAUCUGGGCACGCAUGGCUUCACCCAUGGAUCAAAUCUGCACCACUUAUCUAUCCCACAGAAACAGACAGUGCCAAACUCUUAGGAAGGCUAGCUCUUCAUUUAGAGAGGGACUGCCUGGUAGAUGUGUGUUGGAGCCACUGCUGUUGCAGGGGUGGUGUUGGUUUGCUGUGUAGGUAAAAAUCUCACUACAGGUUAACCAAUGAGGCAUUUUAAUACAAAGCACAACAAUUCAGAACAAGUACAGGAAUUGUAUGUUACUGCAUAAUUCAAGCUGUAAUAUCAUCCCUUCACUGUAGCUAAAUACUGGGGAUUUUGAACUGUGGAGCCAGUGUGACAUUUCAUGUAAAGAUGCACCUCCUGUAUCUGCUCUCCAUCUUGGGGCACUAGCCAAGGGAAUUCUAACUAGAUGCCACUGGUCUUGGCCAGCUGUGUAAGGUGCUAUAGUUGCAUUGUGUGAUUUAUUGCUGCAAUUCCUAACUGACAGUGCAGGAUCAUCUAGAUUGCAAGGUGAAAUGAGGGAAAGCAAAUGGAGGAAAAGAACACUUUUGCACCUUAGACUCCGAUUCAGAGCAGCGUACCUGCUGCAGCUGAAAAGUCUCAGCCUAGUUCCAAACUGCAGCAGUGAAUGCCAAAUUUAUUCUGACUACUAGAGCAUUAAGUUCAAGGUAAGUCUUUAUCAAAACAUUCUGAAGAACAAGCUUUGAUUAACCCAGUACAGUAUGUCUCUAGGCCUCUUGUUAUUACCUGGUUCAGGUACCAAUUGCAAGAUCACAGUAAUAGAUGUUAUACUUAAAAUCAAGUGCAACUUCUACUUAAUGCCUUUAAGACAAAAGUUAAUGAUAAUGUAAAGCUCUCCCUGCUUUACUUUCAGCAUAUUUAAGAUGUAAAACAUGUUGCCCCCACCCCCUUCCUGCAAAGGGAAUGUGUUUCUCCACCCCAGCAACCUGGAGCCUGGGAUAGAACACUGUACCUUGCUGAUAAAGAGGGUAGAGAAACUGACAUUCUAUAAAUAAUCUCCUUGGCAUGGUUGUAACUGAGACCUUUGCUCCCACCACUGCAUUUAUUAUACAACCUAUCCCCCAGCAGUUCAGAUCUGUUUCCUUGUUCGGUUUCAGAUCAUAUUUCUAGCACUGGCAUCUAGCUUUGCAUAAAAGAACUUCUGAGUCUCUUAGGAGGACUCUUAAUUACUUGCACAAAGCCUCUGGCCCCUUAGUACAGAUUAAAGGCUUUCUGUAACAUUCUCAGAGCUGUAGGAGGUAUUAAAAUGGAGUGCAUUUCUUCAUCACUCCAGGUUACUAAAUUGCUUCAUUAGUCAUUGCUGUUGUGCUCCAGGUCUCUUAGUUUCCUUUUAAAUCUUUGGCUUCUGUUCUAGCUUGAAAGGAAGGGUACCCAUGCCUGGGUGCUGGGCUAUUUGCUAUCCCUUAUUCCAACCUUCUCUCUCUCUCAACUUGGGUGU